AUGCAGAUGUGGAAAGCAGUCGUGGGACAUGAUGUGUCAGUGAAGGUUGAGGCUCAGGGAGACGACUGGGACACGGACCCUGACUUCGUGAACGACAUCUCGGAGAAGGAGCAGCGCUGGGGAGCCAAGACCAUCGAGGGCUCCGGGCGCGCCGCGCACAUCGACAUCCAUCAGCUGAGGAACAAAGUGUCAGAAGAGCAUGAGUCCAUCAAGAAGAAGGAGCUGGAGACUGGACCCAAGGCCUCCUAUGGCUAUGGGGGCAAGUUUGGAACAGAGCGGGACCGCAUGGAUAAGUGCGCAGUGGGACACGAGUACGUUGCUGACGUUGGGAAGCACUCCUCGCAGACGGACGCAGCCCAGGGCUUUGGGGGGAAGUUCGGAGUCCAGCGGGACCGGGCUGACAAGUCAGCACUGGGCUUUGAAUACAAGGGUGAGGUGGAGAAACACUCAUCUCAGAAAGAUUACUCCAAGGGCUUUGGUGGCCGUUAUGGUGUGGAGAGGGACAAGGUGGACAAAGCAGCAGUGGGAUUCGACUACAAGAGCCAGGCAGAGAAGCACGAGUCUCAGAAGGACUACUCUGUGGGCUUUGGUGGGAAGUUUGGGGUCCAGAGGGAUCGCCAGGACAAGAGUGCCCUUGGCUGGGGCCAUCAGGAGGAAGUGCAACCCCAUGCAUCCCAAACAGAUUAUGCCAGGGGGUUUGGAGGCCGUUACGGGGUCCAGAAGGACAGAGUGGAUAAGAGUGCUGCUGGCUUUAGUGAGAUGGCAGCUCCCACCUCCUCGUAUGAGAAAACAAGACCACUGGAGGCAGGGGCUUCUAGUGGCACCAGCAGCCUGCGGUCACGGUUUGAACAGAUGGCCAAGUCAGCAGAGGAGGAAAGCAGGAGGCAGGAGGAGGAGCAGCGGGAGAGGCAGCAGGCUGGGGAGCCCCAGGCAGCCCGGCGCAAGCAGGAAAUCCCACAGAGGGAGAAGGACCCCAGAGAGGCCGCCCCUGCCGCCGUGCCAGCAAGGGUGCCGGGGAGCACGGGGAGAGAAGGGCCAGUGUCACCAGGAGAUGAGGAGGCAAGAAGGGACAAUGAGGAAACACCACCCACUUUGCCACCAAGGCCAGCAGAUCUGGGUGAAGAGCUGUGCAAGAUCCCCAGCCAGGAUCAGCCCAUCUACAGUGAAAGUCUGGAUGUUGGUGGAGACUAUGAGGAGCUGCCAGAGCCUUCUGACUAUUGUGACAGUGUCACUGGAGGUGCUGAGUAUGAGGAGCUGCCAGCAUGCUUGGGACAGCCAGAUGCCAUCUAUGACUUUGGAGGAGAUGGAGGUGAAGACUAUGAGAACAUGCUUCCUGAGGAGCCCAGCCAGAGCCAGUGCUACCAGGGGGAAACAGACAAUGUUUAUGCGGUGGAGAACAACGGGACCUGUGCAGUGGCUCUCUAUGAUUACCAAGGAGAAGGAGAUGAUGAGAUUUCUUUUGAUCCUGAUGAUACAAUCACACACAUCGAGAUGGUUGAUGAAGGCUGGUGGCGGGGGCAGUGCCGGGGCAAAGUGGGCCUCUUUCCAGCAAAUUAUGUCAGGCUUCUGCAGUGA